AUGCUGUUGUUAUUGAUUUUUUCUAUAUUAUUCACUCCUGUGAGCCCUCUAAAUAUUCUCGUCUAUUCACCAGCAUAUGCUGGAAGUCACAGUAAUUUUCUGGGGAAAUUGGCGGAUACUCUCACGGAAAGAGGGCAUAAUGUGACUUACUUGAUGCCAGUCGUUAUGGUUGGAAAACGAGAUGAGUGUAUUGGAGUUAAGCUGACUAAAGAUAUCGUUAUUGUUGAGGCCGGCGAAGAAACAUUAUCGCAGCAAAAAGGUGACAGUACGAAUGAUGGAAACAUGAAAGCGUAUUGGGAGGCUACUAUGGAUUCAUCGAAUGCUCGAGCGAUUGGUGGAUGGUUCAAUAUAGCAAUGAAAUCAGCUUGCCGACACCUUCAUAGUCAGCGUGAUGUUUUCAAACAAAUGAAAGCAAAGAGUUUCGACGUGGCAAUUCUCGAACCAAUUUCUGUUUGUGGUCUCGGAUAUGUGAAAGCUUUGGGGAUCGAGAAAACAAUUCUAGCGACUUCAUUCACUUUUUUCGAUUUUGUUCUUCCACAUAUUGGGGAGCCCCUGGAUUACAGUUCGGUUCCCGGAGCAUUCGGAGCAUCAGGAGAAGUGAUGAGUAUGGCAGAGAGAUAUGAGAACUGGCUAGUGACAAAGGAAAUGAACCUUGGACAGGAGGACAUGUUUGAAGGAGAAAUGAAAGCUUACCGAGAGUUUUCUGGAAAAGAUCUCCCUGAUUGGCGAGAGCUCCUCCCAUCUGCUUCUCUCUUUUUUGUAAACUCAAAUCCAUUCCUCGAUUUCCCACGCCAAGUUAUUCAAAAAACCAUACCAAUCGGGGGGAUCACUAUAAAUCUAGAAUGGAUUAAAGCACAAAAGCUGUCAGCUGAUUGGGUGGAGAUUCUCGAGAAAAGACCACACAGUAUGUUGAUUUCAUUUGGGUCAAUGAUCAAGUCUUCGCAUAUGCCAGAGCAGUGGAGAAAUGGACUACUCAACGCUAUCAAGUCUAUGCCAAAUGUAACCUUCAUUUGGAAAUACGAGUCAGAUGACAUAUCAUUUGCCGAAGGAGUCGAAAAUCUACAUUUUUCAAAAUGGGUUCCCCAAACCGCCCUUCUAAACGAUCCUAGACUAACCGCAUUCGUCAGUCAUGGAGGUGUUGGAAGUACAUUGGAACUCGCUUACAGUGGAAAACCUACAAUCAUGAUUCCAAUCUUCGCAGAUCAAAUCAGAAAUGCUAAUAUGCUAGCGAGACAUCACGGAAUCAUUCAUCUGAAUAAGAGGUCAAUGGAGAACUUUGAAGUUACGAGGAAGGCAUUUCACGAUAUUUUAUUUGAUGAUAGUUACAAACUCAAUGCGAGAAAACUAGCAGAAUUGCUUGCCGAUCAGCCAUACAGUCCGAAAGAUAAUGUGAUCAAGUAUACGGAGUUUGUUGGAAAACAUGGCCCAUUCCCAGCUAUGGACCCAUAUGGACGUCACAUGAAUACCUUCCAGAAGAACUUCGUAGACAUCUACGCUUUGUUUGCCCUCUUCUAUGUAUUAUGUACCGCCCUGAUACUAGCAAUUCUCCGUUCAAUCUAUCUGAAGUUUGGAAGUUCCAAGUCAUCCACUAAACUAGAAUAG